UUACAGGAAUUUUGGAAAGAUUCUAUACGAUUUCUAACACUGUCUAUAGUUCUGAUAUUGUUGUUGAUUACUUCCAUCGUCUUCUUACCUCUUCAGGAUGUGUUCGAGAGAUGUUCAUGGAUAAUUUCUUUCAUUGUCUGGUUCUACUUGGUAGUGACAAUAUCCAUAUUCUCGUUCAGUAAAGAAUUGCGUACCUGUUCGGAUAACCUUAUUCCGGUUUUCUUUACCGUCUUUGUUAUCAACACCAUGCUUCCUCUACCUAUAAUUGUGGCGGCAUUAACUGGUGUACUUACAGCCAUUUCCCAAGUGGUUUUAGAAGCAGCUCUGGCUAAUUCAGACACGGAAUAUCUAGCACAGCAGGUUUCGGCUAACGUAAUAUUUCUCACUGCAUCAUCAUUAGUUGGAUAUUUCUAUCGUCGGAUGACUGAUGAGACUCACGAAAGAACGUUUGCCGGGACCAGAAGUUGCAUCGAAUCUCGAAUUAAAUUAGAGUACGAAAAGGAACAACAGGAACAGUUAUUGUUAAGCGUCAUUCCGGCUUACAUUGCUGCUGAAGUCAAGCGAAGCAUCAUGCUGAAAAUGGCGGAUGCUUGCCAAUCUGCCACUACUCAAUCAAAGCAACGUUUCCAUGAGUUAUACGUUCAAAGACAUAACAAUGUUAGUAUAUUAUAUGCUGAUAUCGUUAACUUCACUCCUUUGUCGGAACAGUUGAGUGCUUCCGAUUUAGUGCAGACUUUGAAUGAAUUAUUUGGAAGAUUCGAUCAAAUUGCACAGGAUAAUCAUUGUAUGAGAAUUAAAAUUUUGGGUGACUGUUAUUAUUGUGUUUCUGGACUACCCGUUUCCAGGCCAAAUCAUGCAUCUAAUUGCGUCAGAAUGGGUCUAGCGAUGAUUAAAGCCAUCAGAGUGGUGCGUGAAGCCACCGAUGUUAAUGUCGACAUGAGGAUUGGAGUUCAUACCGGCGAUGUAUUGUGCGGUGUAUUGGGUCUUCGAAAAUGGCAAUUUGAUGUAUGGUCUGACGACGUCACCCUAGCUAACCAUAUGGAAUCUGGAGGAGUUCCUGGUCGUGUUCACAUUACUAAAGCUACCUUAGAGCAAUUGGAUGAUCGCUUCGAAAUUGAACCGGGAGAAGGACAUCUGAGAGAUCAAUAUUUGUCUGAUCAUCAAAUAGAAACUUAUCUCAUUGUUCCACCGAAAGAAGAUGAAGAUAAAGAACCGAGUCUUCAAAAGAAGGGUAGCUGUAGAGCUCGAUCUUCUUCAAAAAUGAAUAAAUGUAUGGAAGGUUGGGGUGCAGAUAAACCUUUUGCCAACAUUUCCGAAACGACUUUAGCUAAAAACAUACGCUUAACUAGUCUGGCAUUGAUUGAGACGAAUCUACUACCUGGAUCGAGUUCGCUACUCAGUUGCAGACAGUGCAAGCCUGCGGAUGGCCUAACUACAAUUCUGCUCCGAUUUAGAACAAAUGAUUUAGAAUCUCAAUAUCACAAUCAACACGAUUUACAAUUUUCUUGGUACAUGGGAUGCUCCUGUGUUUUGUUUGUUUGUAGUACAAUUAUUCAGUUAUUAUUAUAUCCUAUCACUUUAACGUUAAUAGGAGUUCUAUUGUCUACGUUAAUAAUUAUUGGAAUGCUUACGACAGCAAGUUGGAUAUCUCGUAAACAGAAUUCCACUCAUCACAAUCAUAAUCAAGAUUGUCCCACGGAUGUUAGUACUAGUAUCGUAUUGAGAAUUAUUUUUUUCUUAAUUACCAAUUCUGUGGUGUUUGCAGCGUGUUCUGUUAACGUGAUAACCUGUGGUAGAGCUAGUACUUUACCUGUGGCAUAUUUAAGUAAUAGUAGCAAUAUAACUAUUCAUCCUUAUCAUUUUUCACACGGUCAUUUAUUUCCAGCGGUUUUAUCGUUAAUCGGUGUGUCGAUUUUCUUAAAAAUGUGGUUUCUUCUCAAACUGGUAGUCAUGGUCAUUGGAUUAAUAGUUUUCUCUGUCAUUUACACUGUAGUCCGUCCCGAUCUUCUAUCGAGACCCUUAGAAAUGAAUGGAUCGGAAUCCAUCGAUAUGCCUCUUUCGGUAUAUAUUAUAUUAUCGUUAAUCAUUUUCUUAAUUCUCUUACAUGUUCUUGAUAGACAGACCGAAGCUACUGCCAGGGCAGACUUUUUAUGGAGGAGUAAAUUACGGGUGGAACAAGAUGAUGUGGAAACUAUGGGAAGCAUAAAUAAAAUACUUUUGGAAAAUAUCCUACCAGCUCAUGUUGCUAAACACUUUUUAAACAAUAAUAGAAAAAGUGAGGAAUUAUAUCACGAAAGAUAUUGUAGCGUGGCAGUUAUGUUCGCUUCCAUACCAAAUUAUAAAGAAUUUUAUGAUGAAAACGAUAUUAAUAAACAAGGCUUGGAGUGUUUAAGGUUAUUGAAUGAAAUCAUAUGCGAUUUUGAUAAGGUAACCGAAGAUACGGCAAAUACAUUAAUGAAAUAUAAUUACGACUGCGAAUGUCGUGGAUCUAUCUAUGUAAAGGGGAAAGGAAAUUUAACCACUUAUUUUGUUAGGACAGCGUACGAUAAAACAGACGAAUCUAUUAGUAGGUUAUAAAAUAAGAAUUCGAGGUAUUUUAUUUUAUUGUAUAAGUGUAUUUUUUUUUGGCCAAUUGUCAAUUUAUUAACAAUAAUAUUCUAACGUACACUGUAUGAUUUAUAGAAGUAAAAUAGUGUUAAUUGAUGUUGUGUUUUAAACAUUGGAAAAAAGAGUUUUGCUAUGGAAAAAUUACCAUUAUGUUUUUAAUAUUUAUAUGCAAACUAUUUUUUAUUUGUUAAAUAAUUU